CGCCUCCCGGCCCCGCCCCCUCGGGCGGCGCUGCAGCGUGACGGACAGGGUGAGCCUGGGGGUGUCCGGGGAUCGGCGGUCAGCUCCGGAGGACGGGGUGGGGUCGCCCCGAACAGGAGCGCCGGGACUGCUGGGACCCCGCGCUCGGGCAGUGGGGGUCCCGGAUGAGGCGACAAGUUUUCCGGUCCCCUUCCCAGUCCCGCCCCACUUCCGGGGCCGCCACUUUCACUUUCUUUUCCGCGGAAGCCGCUCUCCUUGCGAAGGACUGGGGCCUCCCGGGAGGAGGGGGCUUUGCCUUGAAACCCGGGACGCCAGGGGCGCUCCCGCAAGUGGGGGUCCUCCGGGACUUGGAGCGCCCCUGCUGGGCGGCGUCCCGGCGUCCUUUCCUCGCUUCUCCCCACCUCGGCUGGUCUCGUUUCCUCUUGCGCCCAUUGCGGACUUGUCUGGGCAUCCCCUGCCCUCUCACCGCCCCACGCGGGGUCCUGGGCUGGUCCCCGGGCGGUGUGAUGCUUCCCGACUGCCGCGGGUACAACGAGGCACAGACAGGGCUUGGGCCGCGCCGGAGGCCACAAGGCCUGGCUGAGUUGUUCCUGGUGUCCCGCCCCUCCCAGGCGACCCGGAGGUAGCGUUUCCCGGAGCCACGGCCCCCCCCCCCCCAGGGGGAUGGGCGCAGCCACGACAGAUGGACGAGAAGACCAAGAAAGCAGAGGAAAUGGCCCUGAGCCUCACCCGAGCCGUGGCAGGCGGGGAUGAACAGGUGGCAAUGAAGUGUGCCAUCUGGCUGGCAGAGCAACGGGUGCCCUUGAGUGUGCAACUGAAGCCUGAGGCCUCCCCGACGCAGGACAUCAGGCUGUGGGUGAGUGUGGAGGAUGCUCAGUUGCACGCCGUCACCAUCUGGCUCACAGUGCGCCCUGAUAUGACAGUGGCAUCCCUCAAGGACAUGGUUUUUCUGGACUAUGGCUUCCCACCAGUUCUGCAGCAGUGGGUGAUUGGGCAGCGGUUGGCACGAGACCAGGAGACCCUACACUCCCAUGGGGUGCGGCAGAAUGGGGACAGUGCCUACCUCUAUCUGCUGUCAGCUCGCAACACCUCCCUCAACCCUCAGGAGCUACAGCGGGAGCGGCAGCUGCGGAUGCUGGAAGAUCUGGGCUUCAAGGACCUCACGCUGCAGCCUCGGGGCCCUCUGGAGCCAGGCACCCCAAAGCCCGGGGUCCCUCAGGAACCUGGACGGGGGCAGCCGGAUGCAGUGCCCGAGCCCCCACCGGUGGGCUGGCAGUGCCCCGGGUGUACCUUCAUCAACAAGCCCACACGGCCUGGCUGUGAGAUGUGCUGCCGGGCACGCCCCGAGGCCUACCAGGUCCCUGCCUCCUACCAGCCCGAUGAGGAAGAGCGAGCACGCCUGGCUGGUGAGGAGGAGUCACUGCGUCAGUACCAGCAGAUGAGGAACCUAAGGGAAUGCCUGCAGGGCACCAUCCGCAACAGCCAGGAGGCAGAGGUCUCCUGCCCCUUCAUUGACAACACCUACUCGUGCUCGGGCAAGCUGCUGGAGAGGGAGAUCAAGGCGCUCCUGACCCCCGAGGAUUACCAGCGAUUUCUAGACCUGGGCAUCUCCAUUGCUGAAAACCGCAGUGCCUUCAGCUACCAUUGCAAGACCCCAGAUUGCAAGGGAUGGUGCUUCUUUGAGGAUGACGUCAAUGAGUUCACCUGCCCUGUGUGUUUCCAUGUCAACUGCCUGCUCUGCAAGGCCAUCCACGAGCAGAUGAACUGCAAGGAGUAUCAGGAGGACCUGGCCCUGCGGGCUCAGAACGACGUGGCUGCCCUGCAGACAACAGAGAUGCUGAAGGUGAUGCUGCAGCAGGGCGAGGCCAUGCGCUGCCCCCAGUGCCAGAUUGUGGUGCAGAAGAAGGAUGGCUGCGACUGGAUCCGCUGCACUGUCUGCCACACUGAGAUCUGCUGGGUCACCAAGGGCCCACGCUGGGGCCCCGGGGGCCCAGGAGAUACCAGCGGGGGCUGCCGCUGCAGGGUGAAUGGGAUUCCUUGCCACCCAAGCUGUCAGAACUGCCACUGAGCUAAAGAUGGUGGGGCCCCAUGCUGACCCAGCACCACACACACCCACAGGCUGUUAUGGUGUAGGGCUGAGCUUGGGACUUUGGCUCCAACUUCUGGCCGGGAGAUGCCUUUGUGCAGAGGCCAAGUCCCUGAGCUUUGGAUGGCCUUGCUUGCUGUAGUGCUAUAGGGCUCCGCCUGCACUGCUGUUGUCCAUGGUCAUAUCUGCCCCAGUGCCUUUGUCCUUCCCCUGAGGCUUGCCAGCCAGACUUCUCUCUCCUGCAGCUCCCACCUUUGCCUGACUCCAGCCAUAAACAUGGCCCCUGGCCAGAGGCCUCACUGGGUGGAGCCUCUGUAUGACUCCAUGCUCCUCCCACCACAACGCUGGCUCGUCUGCCGAACAUCAGCAUUCACAGCCUCCCUGCCUUCCCCUGCUGGCUUUUUGGGGCUGACUGUUCUCUGCCUUUGCAGUUGGAGGCCUGGGGCCUCUUAGAACUCUUGCUAACCUGUUCAGAGCCAGAAAGGAGACUGGGCAGUUUGGAAAGCACAGCUCAUCAGGUCCGGCUCUGCCUCUCCCUCUCUGCAGCCUGUGUAAGCUAUUAUAAUUAAAAUGGUUUUCCAGGAA